GAAUCUCUGCAUAUUUAGUUAAACCACUGCAGAAGAAUCCGUGUCGUUGGUAGACUCGGACUCUGACGAUUCUUCGUCAGUCCCAGAACCCAUUCAGAAAGAACUCCCAAUUCCUCCCGCAUGUCAGUUUCAAUCAACUCCUUAGAUAUCGGGCUAGCUGAUCCCCACUCCUCCUCAGAGCAUCUGAGUAUGGCUUCGUGAAUCCCUGCUUUUGGUUUUCUCGCGCGCUCUUUGACAUCGUUCUCCACCUUAGCCCCAAAUUUUGACGGAGUACAACGUUUAAAGCCCCUGCCUGAAUUAUUGCCUGGCCAAAAUUUCUUAAGAAAUUUGGAGUCAGAACCCGGUUCGAGAUUUUUCAUCUGACAAACCCAGUUGUUCUCUUCUCUCAGCCUCCUAUCCAGUUUAAGUCGCCACCAGGUGCAACGAAGGACUUUGUUCUGGAAUCAUUUAUUUGGGAUAAGGUGCUUGAGCUGAGCACCUUGAUAACCUUGGAUAUAUAAUGCUUCAUUUGUUUCUAUCAGAGCCCAUCUGGAAUGACAAUGGAGAUGACAAUUCUGCCAAGAUGAGAGUAUCUCUCUUGAGUAAUUUGGAAUCUGUUAUUUGGUCGGUCAUGGCAUCUGGAGGUCGAUCAGAGGCUCGUCUGUGGCUUUGUAACACGAUAUCUGGCAUAAGUUCCAUCAGUCGUCACCAUCAGUGCGAGUUACUUACGAACUUGCUGAGAUCUAAGCCGCUGAAGAAGGGCUUUGCAUCUCAGCUCCUAGAAAUGAUAUUUGAGAAUAGGCCACAUAAGGCAGGGUCCAUUAUUGCCAAGAGAAGUUACAUACUUAAGAAAUUCUUUGAAGGAAAUCCAACACGAAUAUCUCAAUGGUUUUCUAGAACUGGCGGUGGAUUGGGCCAUGGACCUGGUGCUAAGGCAUUGUCGCAAUUUUCUUUUGUUAAUCGAGAUAUUUGUUGGGAGGAGCUUGAGUGGAAGGGAAAACAUGGGCAAUCACCAGCAGUAGUUGCAACAAAGCCCCAUUACUUUCUUGAUUUGGAUGUCCAGGCAACUGUGGAGAAUUUCCUUGAAAAUGUCCCUGAAUUUUGGUUGUCCAAUGAGCUUUCUGAGUCACUUAAAGAUGGUGAAAUUUUGUUCGUUGAUAGAAAAUUUUUUGUCGAAUUUUUUGUUGAUUUGAUGUAUAAAGAGGAUUCAAGAGAUGUAUGGGAAGUUACAAGUGAGUAUCUGAAGGAGGAAUGUUUUUCUUCGUUGUGCAAACGCCUUCUUAUUACUCUUGAUGAGUGGGACUUAUGUGAUUUUCUUAACAUGCUUCAUAAGAAUCUCAACCCUAGAAUGGAGCUCAAGGAUCCUAUGGACUCAAGUCAUUUGUUUGAGGUUAUACUUUCUAAGUGCGGUGAUUUUAGGUGCUUUGAUCAGAUAUUACUGUUAAAUGCAGUUUUUAAUCAUGGACGCCAGCUUUUACGACUUCUACGAGAUGAAGAGGCCCACGAGGAAAAAGAAAAACUUGAAGACAUUGUUUCGAAGAUUUACGGAAUCCCAAACAAUGACAGUAGCUUGGCCUCAAUAAUCAAAGAUUGCUUUAAAAUGAAGAAUAUAGAAGCAUUUAAAUUGCUGGGGCUUCAGUCAUGGGUUAUCUAUUACAGUUUAGCAGAAAAAUGCCAGACUCCCGAGUCUUGGGAAUUAUUAUUUAUGCAUAAUGAAAUAAGUUUCCGAAAAUCAGAUAGAUAUUUAUUUCUAGAUAAUCAUGGAGUGUUGGAAGGUGGUGUUUCUGAUUUGGAUAGUAGAGCAUCCAAAACAGUUAAGCACAGGAAAAAACAUAGUAGAAGGAAAAGAAAAAGGGACAUCAAUCAUGAUGACAGCGACAAUGAGUUGCUGGAUUUGGGAACGACAAAAAAUAGGCUGGAUUUGCAAUCUAAUGUUGGAAGUUGGUUGCUCUCAAUUGAUGAGUAUUCUGCAUCAUGGAACAGUGAGGAUUUACCCGAAUAUCUUUCCAAGUAUUGCUUAUCUACAUGGAUGAAGUGGGUGUUUGCACAAUGGGGUCAGUAAGCUUCAUUGGGCACAUAGAAUUGUUCAUUUUACUCUCUAUGCCUGGAAAGCUAUCAAUGUAAGGAUUUGAGAUUCAAUUCAAUAUCUUUCUGUUUGGGUUGUUUUCCCACAUCCUUUCAUUUCUUUGAAAACGCGCUCCCAAAUUUUUUUUCCUGUUUUGGAGUAAAUUAAAAUAAACUUGUGUUUAAGUGGGU